AUGCGAAGGCUUCGCCAUGUCGGCGCAGCGGGCCUGGGAGAGAAGGUCUUGCAAUGCCCCCUGGCGAAGCAGAUCGAGCAGCCCUUGCCGGACCUCACCCCGUACUUGCAAAAGUCCUCCUUAUGCGAGUGGGCCAGGCGGAGCAUCGCGGAGCACCCGCUGCAGAUGAGCCGCAGAUGGCCGACGCCCUCGCUUCCCAAGCUGCCCUGGGACGAGCGGAUCGCGGAGGGACGGAGCUCCAAUUCGAGCUCCCUGCUUCGGCGCCUGGAGGACGACGAGUCAAAGAGCCCGGACGACGGCAACUGGGGCACUUGGUACGUGGCGGCGGCCUUUGUGCAACCCAACAAGGUGAUGGCAGGCAGUGUGCCAAAGCUUGGUCAGCUGGAACUCCUCGGCGGCGAGGAGCUGGGGCAGGUGUCUCACAUGGCCAUGACCCACUCAGAUGGUGGAACCGCCGAGAUGUUCCUGGCAUCCAUGACGAAUGCCCAGUCCGAGACCGUGAUCCGGUACAAGUACGCCCUGCUCGAAGGGAAGAUCACCCUGUCUUCGGCUGCAGUUGUGUGGCCUGCCGAAGAUGCGAAGAGGCGCGUGGCGCGCCUCGCGGCCGGCGGAGGCGGCGCCGCCGGCGCCGCACUGUACGUGGCGGACGACGAGGGCCACGUCUCGGUGCUGAGCGCGGCGGCGCUGCGCAGCGGGGCGAGGAUGGAUGGCGUUCAGCUUCACGAGACGAAGCUGCAGGGGGAAGCGCGGGAGCCGAUCACCGGCCUCGCGCUGCUCGCAAACGGCACGCUCAUUUGGUCGACACCCUCCUCGGUGUCUUCCUCUUUGACCGAUGGAAGCCACGUCUCGGAGCUGCUGAGUGAGACGCAGCUUCAGAAGAUGGCCGCUUCGGCGAAGAUCGUAGCGCUCGCAGCGACGUCCAGCCACCUCUUCCUCGCAGUGCAUCGAGGAAGAACCACCCAGAGCUGCACGGUCUACCGCACGGACCUCGCGGGUAAGUCCCCUGUGGCUCUGAGCUACCAGUGGCCAGCGGAGCAGAUGUGGCUAGGCCUAGCUGGCUUUGACUUGUGGGCGGCUGUGCCUUUGGGGAUCUACGCGCUGCCUGUGGAAUUCCAGGAAAGCACCGUGCCCCGCCUUGAGCUCCAUAUCAAGGGAGGCAAUCUGGCGAGCUUGCACACCUUCUACAUUCGGGGCACCGACUGCGCGCUUGGCAACUGGACCAAGGUGGGCAAAUGUUCCAAGACUUGCGGAGGAGGAAAGCAGAGGUUCGAGCGCUCGGUUCUGACGCCUGCGGUGGGAGGCAGGCCUUGCCCUGCACUACGGGAGCGCCAGGAGGACUGCUUCGACCAGCCCUGUCCGGAGGAAGCCACCGACUGCUUGAUGGGCCAGUGGAUCGACGAGGCGCCCUGCUCUGCGAGUUGCGGCUACGGCCAGGUCCGACAGCGGCGGACGGUGCUCCGCGAGGCUGCCUUCGGAGGUGCUGCGUGUCCUGAGGGGCGCACGCGCUCCGUGGACUGCAUCAUCACGGAGUGUGGAGGGUAUGACUUUUUGCUCGCGGCCAUGCCUGGCAAGGGCUUGUUCUCUGCUCAAGUGCUGGGCCUUGACCAAGAUCUCGAGUGGACCGCAUCCUCGGUGCCUCGGAAACCCGUGGCCAACGCUCGCAAGCCGAGCUCCGAACCCCCGGCCUUUUCGGGUAAACCCGUUCCGGGGGCGCGGGAUGCGCACCACGGGAUCGAGAUUUGCACCACCACCUCUUUGGGUUUCGGACUUCGGCCAACGGAAGUGAGCUGGCCAGGCUCGCUGCCGGUGUCCGAUCGCGAAAUGCUGAUGACUGUGGACUCCGAGAAUCGGCUACUCUACUUGGCGCCGGCCGGAGGAAGCGAGAUCACCUGCUGGGCCUACAGCGUGGGAGAGGGCCACCUGGUCUCCUUCUUUUCCAAGCACCGGGUUUUGGACCUGGAUGCAAGCAGCCCUGAGCGCAUCGUGGGAAUGAAGCUGCACGUGGGCUCACUGUUUUUCGGGACUGCGCAAGGGCGCAUUCUCCGCAUCGAUGAGGAUGCGCUCUUGUCGUCCGGCAAAAACACGCCCGCGGUGCAGGAGCUUUACAAGGACGUGGGGAAGAACCUGGGGCCGCUUCAAAGCCUAUCGGCUGCUGGUACCUACCUGCUCUGGGCCACACCAUCGCAGGUGACGCUUGGCAGUAUCGAUGGCCCGCAGAGCGCCGUGUCUCCGCGGCCGCUGCUCGUGGAGAAGUCCUUGGAGGACCUUGCAGGAUCGCUGGUUGAGGUGAUCCAGGCAGAGCUGACUGCGGACGGCAGCAGCUUCUUCCUGGCGGCUUGGGACACGGACCAGGCCACGCUCUCCAUCUUCCAGGUUGCGAUCUCUAUGGAGAGCGCGAGCAACUCCAUGGUGGAGCACCAACAGUUGCGCCAACUGCGGCAGAGCUGGACCCAUCAAGAUGUGCGGCUGCUGCUCACCCCAUUCGCCGCCUUCGUGCACAGCCAUGAGAAGAUCUGGACAUUUCCCACCAGCAUCACUCAGGAGACAACGCCUGCGCUGAUAUAUCCGGAGCCCGGGGCCGAAGCGAAUGCCAGCGUCACCGGCGUGGGGCACUUCUUUCAGAAGGGCCUAGACUGCCAAGUCUCAGCCUGGCUGAACAUGAGCAGCUGCACCGCCACCUGCGGCGGGGGCAUCUUGCGCCAAGCCCGGGAGGUCCUCGCUGAAGCCUCGGAAGGUGGCCUGAGCUGCCCGGACUUGGAGCGAGAGCUGCCGUGCCGCGAGCAGCUUUGCCCGGUGGACUGCCAGAUGAGCCGCUGGAAAGACCUGGGCACCUGCUCUCGGAGUUGCGGGGGCGGAACCGUUCGACAGACUCGAAUCGUGGAGUCCCACCCUAUGUACGGGGGCGCACCAUGCUCGAAGGUGCUGGAACGCCGCGUGACGUGCAACUCUGAGCCCUGUCAAGGGCUCGACUGCAUGCUGUCUGACUGGAUCGACAAAGGGCUAUGUUCCAGAGCUUGUGGUGGUGGACAUCAAGAGCAAUAUCGCAAGGUCGUGCGGCAGCCAGCGUUCGGAGGGCUCCCCUGCUCGAAGAACAUGACCCGUGUGGUCAUGUGCAACAUCGUCCCCUGCAAGGUGGAGGGCUUUGACCCCAUCGCAGCGGGUCACUCCACAGGCUUCGACUUCGACAUCAGGGACUACUGCGAUCCCCAAGAAGCCUGCUGA